AUGGCCGCCAAUGACCGAGAGCCGGCAGCGUCUUUGCCUACAGCGCCAGAAACCACCGGGGAGGACGCUCCUCUGCUCGUUAAUAUUCACUUUGUCUCCCCAUCCGAAGGCGUCCCCGAUGACCUUGACUUUCAAGGCCUCCCAGCUACAACGACGGUCGGGCAACUAAAGGACAAGAUCCGCGAUGUUCUUACGAUGCACCCGGCUCACGAUGAGCAACGCAUCAUCCACCAAGGCCGAUUGCUCGCCCGCGAGAGUGAUACCUUACUAGAUGUCUUUGGUGAAGACAAGCUUCGCACAGGCGACCAACAGCCUCUUCAUCUCGUGGUCAGAACUUCCAACCACCACCCGUCUGGCCCUACUUCCUCCUCUCAACCCGGAACGAUUUUAAGCCAAAAUGUUCUUAGGGAGCGGAGGAUAACGCAGCAAGACGCCUCAUCACAGAACGAUUGGCGUGCUGACGUACAGCGGACGCAAGCCCGGAUUGACGCUUUGCGCAAUUCGGCUCCUUCAGCAGUGGCAUCAGCUACAGAUGAACAGAUUCGAAACAUCUAUGAACAUAUGACCGGAUCUGCAGCCGGGAUAUCAACCUCUGAUCCAACGAACGGAGCAGCUACGGUGUCUCACCCACAGUCCCAGCCGCAGAGAGAACAAGCGGAGGUGUAUAUUCUUUCCUCUCCGACUGGCCCAAGAGGUCUUCUUGUCAAGAACGGAUCGGAGCUGUACGCCACACCAGGAACGUUCCAGAGCCAUCAUGCCUUCACCCUCCCGCAGCCACCCUUGUUAUACCCCGGAGUUGUUCAACCAGCCGCGCUCAACUAUCCUCCAUUACACACGGCACCGCCAGUCCAGAACCAGCCACAGAGACCACAAGGGCAACACCAACCAGUGCAGGUGAGGAUCAGGAUCGACCAUCGAGCUGUUGGACAUGGAAUAGGACAUCCAAACAAUGCCGUCGGAGCCGCCGCAUUGGUUGCUGCAGCGUGGCCUCAUAUAUGGCUGGUCAUUAGGUUGAUCUUCUUCAUAUGGUGGUUUACGUCUAACGACUCUUCUUGGACUCGAGUAUUUACCAUGGCGGCCCUGGCCGCUGGCGUCCUCGUCAUGAACGCGGGUUUCCUGAAUCGAUUUGCCCACCAAGCUCUUGGGCCGAUUAGACAACAUCUUGAUGGACUACUUCAUAUGGCUGACCCGAAUCAGCAGCGACGCCAGCAUGUUCCGCAACCUCAAGCACCCCCACCUGCGGGCGCGAAUGGUGAGCCUGGCGUGGGUCUUGUCGGAUUACACGAGCGCCGAGAUAUCGACAAUGCUGGGGCCGUCCACUUGGUCAAUUUCUUCCGCCGCAUUGAAAGAGCUGGCCUCUUGUUUCUGGCCAGUAUCGCUCCUGGGGUGGCUGAGAGGCAUAUUGCACAGCUCGAAGCACAUGAGCGUGCUGAGCGUGAGCGGAGAGAAAGGGAAGAAGCUGCGGCAGCGGCAGCGGCAGAAGCAGCAGCAGCAGCAGUAGCCGCCGCCGCCGCCAACGAGCAAGGGAUCCAGCAGCAAGAAGAUCAAGCCGAGCAACCGGCCAACAACGAUGCUGGCAGUCCUGCACACCACCCGGAACAUGCGCCGGAGCGAGCAAUUCCUCUCCAGGCUUGAUUGUUGUUGAGUGGUUGUAUCAUUACGGUGAGUUGCACGGAUAACGCUCAAUUUAAGUGGCGGUAGUGAUCUAUCUAGCGUACGUUUAGACUUAAUGAUCAUUUUGGUCCUUCUUUGGACAAGAACAAGUGUAACUGGGGUGUCGCACGGUUAAUAGCCCUACGAUAUGGGAACUUUAUAAACGGACUAAGCUGGCAGG